AUGUCGAGCAUUGAUGAUAUUUUCAAGAAACCAUCCCACCCCUCAAAUAUCAAACGAAAGCUCGAGCCGGCGCGAGAUCCAACUGAGAUAUACAAGGCCGCGAAACUCGACGCCAACGGAGACACUAUAAGAGGCAAAGAACCAACAGUUGAGGAUGCGGAAGACGAUGAUGUCGCCGGCCCCGAACUUCCGCCAGACUUUGAAGAGGAUAUCCCGGAUGACGAGGAGGGUAGAUUUUUCGGAGGUGGUGUAACGAAGGACACCACCAAUGCCCUUGACUACAUUGACAAACAUGAGAAUGAAGGAGCUGCGUCACUUAUCGUCCACCUGUACUCUUAUAUGGAUGAACCAUCUAACGGAUUGGCUAGGUUCAUGGCUUCCGAGGCCGAUUUGGAUGUUGAAAUCAAAACCCUUUCAAUCUUAUCUGAGCAUCCAAAGCUGUAUAACGAAUUUGCUGAACUUGGUUGCGCUGGUUCACUGGUUUCCUUGCUUACCCAUGAGAAUACGGAUAUUUCAAUUGAUGCGAUAGAAAUACUCGGUGAGCUCAUUGACGAGGAUGUGGAAGCCGAGGAAGAUCAGUGGGAUGCCAUUGUAAACUCCAUGAUAACAACAGCCUUUCUAACACAACUAGAUAUCCUGGAGAGUUUGUCCUCGAGGCCAUCCAUCGCAGAUCGGAUUGGACAGGAGUCAGGCAUCAUGCCUUGGCUGCACGAGCGCAUAUCAAGGAAAGAGAAAAGGGUAUCCCAAAAUAAACAGUAUUCUGCUGAGAUGCUUGCUAUACUGUUACAAUCUUCGUCAAAAAAUCGACUGCGAUUCAUCAGCCUAGAGGGAGUUGAUACGUUGCUCCAGUUAUUGAGCGUAUAUCGAAAGCUUGACCCCCAAAAAGAUUCCGAUGAAGAAGAGUAUUUUGAGAAUUUAUUCGAUUGUUUGACUUGUGUGGUAGAUGAGGAUGAAGGUAAAGACAAGUUUAUUGAAGCGGAGGGGAUUGAACUUGCACAAAUUAUGCUCCGCGAAGGCACGCUAAGUAAGCCACGAGCUUUACGUGUUCUGAAUCAUGCCCUUGGUGGACGAGGAGGUUUACGGGCAUGUGAAAAGUUCGUUGAAGCCGGGUUGCUCAGAACGGCAUUUGGCAUGUUUAUGAAGCAAGAUAAAUCGCUUACGGAACACCUUCUGGGAAUAUUCUCGUCAUUGCUAAGGCUACUUCCUGGUGACACGUCUGGUAGAAUUCGAACGUUAGCAAAGUUCGUGGAGAAAGACUAUGAAAAGGUUACGAGAUUAAUCAAACUACGGCGAGAGUAUAAGUCUAAACUCUCCGUUGUAGAACAAGAUAUCAGCCAAGAAAAGAGCAGUCUCAGUCAAGAUGGUCUUGACGCUCUGGAAGGGGAAUGGUUAUCUCGCAGACUUGAUGCCGGACUUUUCUCUCUACAGGUAAGAUUUCUGCUCAUUUGA